AUGCACCCAGAGUUCACACCAGUUUCGUUCCUCGCAGCUCUGUCGCUGCUUCUCCCUCUGCCAUCGCAAUGGCGAGCACGAAAUGUUGCAACCCUCUCUAUCAUUGCAUGGCUUUUCGUUCUCAAUUUCGUGUAUGGCGUCGAUGCCAUUAUUUGGAGCGACAACGUGAACAUCGUCGUCCCAGUGUGGUGUGAUAUCACCAGCAAAAUCAUUAUAGGAUCUACGUUUGCCCUUCCCGCUGCCUGCCUUUGCAUUUGCAUUCAUAUCGAGCACGUCGCAUCGGUGAAUCGGGGCAGAACUUUGCUAAGCGACAAACGCACUCGCCAGCUUUUCGAACUGUUCAUGUGUUUCGGACUGCCGAUGGUCUCCAUGGGACUUCACUACAUCGUGCAAGGCCAUAGGUUCGACAUCAUCGAGGGGUAUGGUUGUCGCCCGGCGACAUAUGUCUCAAUCCCCGCUAUCUUUCUCAUCUGGUUGCCUCCGCUCGUGCUAUCCGUGAUUUCUCUUGGGUUUGCAUGCGCUUCUUUCGUCCAUUUCACACGACGUCGGUCUAAAUUCGCACAUCACCUAGAAACAUCUCGGAAUGGCCUGACGACUUUUCGUUACUUCCGUCUGAUGCUCAUGGCGGUCGUAGAAAUGAUCUGGAACAUCAUGGUCACGUCCUACACCCUUUGGUUCGUCGCAAUGGACGUGCGCCCGUGGACGAACUGGGAUGACGUGCAUUGGGACUUCUCGCGCAUAGACUUAUAUCCCGCUGCCUUCAUGCCAAAGAUCGCACUCACCAACUAUUACCUCGUCUGGUGGGUCGUUCCGGCCUCCACCUUCAUUUUCGUAGCGUUCUUUGCUUUCGGCAAAGACGCCGUGAAUGAAUACACGGCAUGCAUGAUGUGGAUACGCCAAAAUGUCCUCAAGCGAACGAACGAACGAACCGCUCCAAACUCCACUCCACUCACGGAGUACGUCAUAUGCUCUCAACAUUGA